UAAUCAAUGGAGAUGGAAUCAUGUGUGCCUCCUGGAUUUCGAUUUCACCCAACAGAGGAAGAGCUUGUUGGAUAUUACCUCAAUCGGAAGGUUAAUUCAUUGAAGAUCGAUCUUGAUGUUAUUGUUGACAUUGAUCUCUACAGGAUGGAACCAUGGGAUAUACAAGAUCGGUGCAAAUUAGGAUAUGAAGAGCAAAAUGAAUGGUACUUCUUCAGUCACAAGGACAGGAAGUAUCCAACAGGAACUCGAACCAACAGAGCCACUGCUGCUGGAUUCUGGAAAGCAACUGGAAGAGAUAAAGCUGUGAUCUCAAAGGAAAAAAUUAUAGGAAUGAGGAAGACCCUUGUGUUUUACAAGGGACGUGCUCCCAAUGGGAGGAAGACUGACUGGAUCAUGCAUGAGUAUCGGCUUCAAACAUCUGAGCAAGGACCUUCUCAGGAAGAAGGAUGGGUUGUUUGCAGAGCAUUCAAGAAGCCUUGUCCAAGUCACAAGCAAGGUUUUGAAGCCUGGAGUAAUGCCUACUACAUAAGAGAAAAUGGAAAAUACCAGCCUCCAUUUCCUGACAAAUCAAUUACUUCAAUGCAUGCUGUCAAUCCGAUUUCAAUCCGUGGGGUUGAUUUUCAGCAAGUUCCCUUGCGGGCAGAUCAUCAUGAACUAAUAUCCAACCAUGCGGCCCGUUUUGACAAUCAACUCAUUGAAAUUCCACAACUUGACAGCCCUUCUAUUUCAACGAGUUUGGCAACAAAAGAUCAGAUUUUUGAAAGCGGUAGUUUAGUCAAUGAAGAUGGCGAAGAUGUGAAGAGCAACAUAUACUGCCAGCAGUACAAUGAUUGGAAAGUUUUCGAUAAGCUACUUGUUCAACAAGUGAUUGAUCCAUCAGCUUCAUAUGCAUGCCAAAACCAGCCUGUGUUAAUACCCCGGGAUGAUGAAUUGUUGCUUGGAUGCUUUACUGAAUUUUAGGUAACUAAGAUUGGGAUGCAACCAGGGACAGGAUUCAAAGACAAAUAGAUGGUACUAUUAAACAAUAUCGUCCACUGAAAAAGUUUGAUUAACAGCAUACUUUUCUGAGUUGGCUAAGAAAGCCAACUCCACGCUUUUGGAAAUCUAUGGAUAGGCAUGACAAAGGAAGAACAUGUGGAAGGAAGUCUUACUCAAAUCUGGAGUGGAAUUGUUGCUAACUUUGCCUUUCAAUAUUUUUUUUUCUCUAAAAUUGUGAAUUUUUCUUGCUGGAUGUAAUUGUAUACUUAUAUUGCUUUGCUGAUUGUGUUCUACAAUGUCGUCAUACUAGGU